AUUUCGAUAGUCUAACAGGACAAGCUUGACCCAUGCUUUACCACCUUGAGAGAAAUGUCUUCCUGUCAUGGAUGUUAGUAGUACCUACUGCAUAUACAUACUGUCUUAACUUCUGUGCUAAUACUGCUUAUUCGUCGAAUCGCAAAUCUUCCACAGAUCAUGCAUUCCUCUUCCUGGCUCAAUUUCGUUCACCACUGCAGUGUACAGUAGCUCACUUAUGACCUUAAUCAUAUCCAUUACUAGGUCACCCAUAUCCACACUAGAUCAGUGUGAAACUAAGACAGAAUGUGCCACAAGUACUAGAAGUCCAG